AUGGCCAUCUCCGCAGAGCAAUUCUCCUUCCGCACGGCUAAGCCCGAUGAACUGGACAUCUUUAUCGACAUCCUCGAGCGUGCAGCGCUGUGGAUGGAGUCCAACAAGCUGAACCAAUGGAUCCCCGGCUCCUUCGUCGCCCCCAAGACCCGCGCCCACAUCGAGAACACGGUCUCCAUUGGCAACGCCUUCUUUAUCAUCAGGACCUCCUCCGCCUCUACAUCCGACAAUAGCGACAACAAGGGCAACGAAACCAUCAUCGGAACCUUCACCCUGAACUACACCGAUCCCUUUGACCAGAUGCUUUGGACUGACCUGGUCGACGACUGGUCAGACGCUGUCUACCUCCACCGUCUCGUCGUCGAGCGCGAGUACAAGGGUUACGGUCUGGGACCCAAGGCUCUUCACUUUGCAGAGUUGGAGGGCUUGAAGCGAGGAAAGCAUUACUUGAGAUUGGAUUGUAUGGCGGACAACAAGUUGUUGAAGGCUUAUUACCGUGAGAAGGCUGGGUUCAAGGAGUUUGAAGAUUACCCUGGUGAGCGUCUCUUUGGUCGCUUUGAGAGACCCAUUACUGCCGCUUUGCCUUAA